AUGGGGUUCUUGCGUUGGCCUCGGUGCAAGCGACGCGCUUCACCUGCAAGGCCCAUCGACGUUCACCCCAUGACUUCCAAUCCCUUUGAGGCCUCAAAGACCACGAUUGACGACCAAGAUGAUAAUCUCCAUCUACCCAUUCCAGGAGCUUUCCCCUCUACUCCUCCUGCAUCGCCUACCCUAGAACCAUACAUUGCGCCUACUGAGGAUGAGCAUGUUCCAGCGAAGGGGUGGGAUUUUAUGGACGUCGAUGCUCGCACAAUACCGGCACUUAUUCCAGAUCUUGGUCAACAUCUGCACCCUCGACUACCACCAUACAUCCCGCCCGCUCCGAGCCCUAAGCGCAUUCCAUCGCCAAUCCCACCCAAACCCGCAAAGGCUGCCAAAGAUGAUCUUAUGCAAAUUGAUGACCCGUGGGCCCAGCAAGCUCAAGAAAAUGCGAGACUCCCCCAUGGCCCUGUUUCCGCUGUUCAGUUAUUCUACGCCGCCCGGAGGCCGAUACCCGCCAAUCGCAUGGCAUCCUGGUACCAGGCGGAAUUCGAGAAGCGCGAACAAGAAAGAAUUGCACGGGAACAGGAACUACAACGUCCAGCCAGGGUCAGACCGAUAGGUGAACCCGUACGCCGGCUUUCGCCCGAGUGGCUUGCGAAGGUUCAGGGCGCCGCGCAGAGUGGACAGGGAGAUGCCGUCGCCAGAUCAUUGGCCGGAGACGAUCUGUGCCAGAAGGAUAUCAUCACAUGCAUUCGACCUUUCGCCUGGCUAAAUGACGAAAUUAUCAAUGCGUAUCUUGGGUUACUCGUUCAAUAUCUACGCCUUUUGAAUGGAAACCUCGGACCCAACGAUCGGCCGCGCUUCCACGCCUUCAACACCUUUUUCUACUCCACCCUGCGUGAUAAAGGUUACCAGAGUGUGCAACGAUGGGCAAAAAGGGCCAAGAUCGGUGGGGAAGGACUGCUUGAUGUAGACACAGUCUUCAUCCCCGUACAUGAGUCAAGUCAUUGGACUCUCAUGGUUGUUCGGCCGGUGGAACGUACAAUCGAGUAUCUCGACUCUCUGGGUUCCCGCGGUCUUCGCCAAGUCAAAAAUAUCAAGCAAUGGCUCCGCGGAGAGCUUGGACCAAAAUACAAGGACGAAGAAUGGACCGUGCUCCCAUCGGUCUCCUCGCAGCAAGACAACGGAAGCGACUGCGGUGUCUUCCUCCUAACAAACGCCAAAGCAAUUGCCGUUGGUGUUGAUCCAGCUGCCUUUGGGCCAAGUCACAUCCCGCUCCUCCGUCGAAAGAUCGUCGCCGAGCUCAUGAAUGGAGGUCUCCACGGCGAGUUCAGUCCACAGGACAAGACCACAGGCGCAGUGUUGCUCUAA